AUGGCGGAGAAUCACUGCGAGCUUCUACAGCCGGCGCCAGGCGGUUUCGGGGCGGGGUUGGGGGGCGGCCUGUGCCGCCGCUGCAGCGCGGGGCUCGGGACCCUGGCCCAGCGCCCCGGAAGCGUGUCCAAGUGGGUCCGGCUCAACGUCGGCGGCACGUACUUUCUCACCACCCGGCAGACGCUGUGCCGGGAUCCGAAAUCUUUCCUGUACCGUUUGUGCCAGGCCGACCCCGACCUGGACUCGGACAAGGAUGAAACAGGUGCCUAUUUAAUCGACAGAGAUCCCACCUAUUUUGGGCCUGUGCUGAAUUACCUGAGACAUGGAAAGCUGGUCAUUAACAAAGACCUUGCAGAGGAAGGAGUUUUGGAGGAAGCAGAAUUUUACAAUAUCACCUCACUAAUAAAACUUGUAAAGGACAAAAUUAGAGAACGAGACAGCAAAACAUCACAGGUGCCCGUGAAACAUGUGUACCGUGUGCUUCAGUGUCAGGAGGAGGAACUCACGCAGAUGGUGUCCACCAUGUCCGAUGGCUGGAAGUUUGAGCAGUUGGUCAGCAUUGGCUCUUCCUACAACUAUGGGAGUGAAGAUCAGGCCGAGUUCCUCUGUGUGGUCUCCAAAGAGCUGCACAAUUCCCCGUACGGCACUACCAGCGAGCCCAGUGAGAAAGCCAAGAUUUUGCAGGAACGGGGUUCAAGGAUGUGAGGAGCACAGUGCUGUCAGCUGAAGAAACAUUUUACUUUUCCCAAGAUGAAACGAACCGCCAUGUCGAGGAAGCUUGGCCGUGAGAAGAAACCUGCUUUUGACAAUUUUCUAUAGAGAUCUGGGUGUGAAUCCUUUUUUGCCUCUGAGAUGGGUGGUGAGACACAUGACCAGCUGUCUAAGGCCGGGCAUCCCCCACUAGAAGGAGGUGUGCUGGCCAGGCGGACGUUCCUGUGGGGGCCUUCGCUCGGUUUUUCCAAGUGCCACACAGGCCUGAGGCAGGAUGCUCCUGACCAACUCCCUUUAAUCACUGAAGAUCAUUUAAAGGACAGCGUUCUUGGUGCUACAUAAACAGUCUGUAAUGGAGCCUGGGCCUUGCUGGUAGAAAGUGGCCACAGUGCUGGGCCCCAGGCUCUGGGUGUCUGCUAGUCACCCACACCACACCAGGCCCUGGUUCUCGGGUCAGAGAGUCGUGCCCAGGUGUGAUUGGUUGGUGGUUUCUCACAGCCUUGGGCAGCUUUUGACAGAGGUGGCCUCUAUGUGUUCACUACUUCCUGGACCCCCCCACCCCAAGGCUGGGCCUCCUUCAGAGCCAUGCUCUCCUGACCUGAUUUGACCUGGCCUGGAAUAGUCAAGGCUUCUUUAUUUGUAUUUUCCAGGAGAGAGACCUUUGCAUCUCUUAUUUCCCAGUGUGGAUAGACUUCCCAAUGUUUUUACUUCUUAGAAAUGCCUAAAAGUGUUGCUGCAUUUUGGAUUGACCUGUUAAGUCAUUUAAAGGGAGGUAGAAAUUUUGUUUUGUUCAUCCCACCCAUAGGCUCUUGGGGGAGCUGACGCUCUUCAGUGCCUUUGUCUCACCUGGGAUGGAGGUCAGGCGGGAGGCCUGUCCACCUGGCUUCUGGAGCUGAAAUUCCGGGUCACAUUGAAAAUUGGAUGUUUACAGCGCAUCACAAAUAUUUCUCUUUCUUGCCAGCUCUUUUAUUUUCUUUGUAUAACUAUGCAUUUCUCUCUGAUAUUUCUGGGAUGUUUGAGACUCCAUCUGACAUGACAUUGGAGCUACUAGGAUUCCUUUAAAAUCCGCUAUCCACAUGCUUUGAGAACGACCUUUCUGAGCUGGUCGUGAAGACUGUUAGAGUCUGGGGGACCUGGCUCGGACAAGUAGCUCUCUGCUUCCUGACCUCGGGCUUCCCAGGGGAGCUGUCACACUGACACCGGGGCUGCUGACAUGUCGGGCAGAGGCUCUGACACGUCUAGUUUCAAAUGCUUCCGGAGGCAUCUCACCUGUGCCCUCUUCUCCUUUGCCAAUAAAUAACCUGAUUAACCAAGUUUUCCAGCACCUAGGACUUACCUAGUCCUUUUUGUAAGGUCUGUUUUAUGUUGUUAAAUGGCUUCAUCCAUUUAUAGCAACCUUUCUUUAGGGUGUAUUUAGCUCCUGGUGACCUGUUCUCCUCAUGGAGCUUUGGGAGGAGGGUGGCCUUGGCUGGCCUCGGGGUAUACCUGUGGGGCGCUGCUGGCCGCUUAUUGUUGUUUAAUUUGUGACCUUGACAUUAUGAAUAGGCUUUUUUUUUUUUAAUUUAAAGAUAUUAAGACUUAAUUCACUAAAAUUUAUUCUAAGG